AUGGCGCCCGAUCGCACGGGAAAAAGCGUGUUCCUAGGGAACAUUCCCUACAACCUCACUGAGGAGCAAGUCAAAGACAUCCUCAGCACCGCUGGAACCGUUACCAAGUUCCGGUUAAUGAUGAACCCAGAGACUGGAAAGCCGAAAGGAUACGGAUUUGCAGACUUUGCCGACGCCGACGCCGCAGCGUCAGCUGUUCGCAAUCUAAAUGACUACGAGAUCAUGGGUCGCAAGAUCCGAGUCGACUGGCCUCAUAACAAUGAGAAGGAUUCGAUACCCACAGACUAUCCCCAAGAAUCGCAACCGACACAGGACCCCACACAGCAGAUGCAGCAGAUUCCUGGUGCUGCGCCACUGCCUCCUCUGCCCCCAGGUGUCGAAGUCCCACCUCAUCUCGACUGCCCCAACGCCAUCUCCCACACUCUCGCCUCUCUCCCUCCAAACCAGCUCCUCGACGUCCUCACCCAGAUGAAAUCCCUUGCAGUGGCCGAUCCGGCCCGCGCAACUGAGCUUCUGCGUCAAGCGCCACAACUCGCGUACGCUAUUUUCCAGGCGCUACUCCUCAUGAAUCUGGUUGAAUACCAACUUCUCGGAUCCAUUGUUGAGCAGGCUGCCCAGCCUCAGCCGGCAGCACACAAUCAGUACCAGCAAUAUGGUGUUCCUGGUCAGAUAUCUACUCCACCCGUUGCUGCCACGCCGUUCGCACCGCCACCUCCACAAGCUGCAGCUCCCCAGCCUGUAGCUGGCCAAGAAGAGCUCCUACAGCAGGUAUUGGCUAUGCCGCAAGCUGCUAUCGACGCACUGCCCCCAAUGGAACGCAAUCAAAUCAUGAUGCUCCGUCAGCAACUGAUGCAAGGUGGUAUGAGGUAA